GGACUCCAUUACAAGUUCACAAAUUGAGACAGUCAUACAACAUAUAUCAGAGUCAGUGUUUGUGGGACUGUGUCAUGAAGUGGGGACCUCACAACUGGUGGCCAUGAGGAGAGAUGUGAUGGACACUAGUGAGAUGAUGAGAAAUCAAGUGAAAAUAAGUGAUGAGAACAGAGUGAUGUUGAGUGGAAGUCAAAGAGAAGGAUUCAGACUGAAAGGAUCAGAUAUGGACUUGAUGUUCUGGUCAAAUAAUCACCGUGUGAUCUGGGAAUUAUCUCAGUCUCAGUAUUACAACACACACAGACAAACACUGAUCCUCUGUGACUGUUCUGAUAGUCCACCAGGAUUCACUUUGUUAUAUUUACUGUCACCUAGCAUGUACAAAGAUAUUCAGAGAUAUUGUGUUAGAAUGUAUAACAGACAUUAUAUUUCUAGUUCUAAAUACAGAGAGAUCACAUGUUCUACAUUAUCACUAACCAAUUCCACUCCACAUGGACCCUGUGCAACUGGAACAGUUAGAACUCUAGAAUAUGAUCAAGCCUACUGCUUUUUUAGUGACUUUUGGCCUCCAUCUGCCUCCUCAUGGAUAGACAGAUGUCACUCAUGGCCCCAACCUCAUAUUGUUGAUGAUAUAGUCAAAAAUGGAUGUCACUUUGUAGCAAUUGGACACAAGCUAGGAAGUCAUGAAAACCAUGAAUGGAGAAUUUCUUUCUCUCUGGCAGAACAAAAACUUGUGUGUGCAAUGAACCACUGUCAAUUCUUAACUUACGGCUUACUUAAAUUGUUCUUAACAGAAAUAAUUAAUAAUGGACUAGAUGACGAUGAUAAAUUACUGUGUUCUUAUCACAUGAAGACAGCGGUUUUCUGGGUGAUUCAACAAAACGCAAUACCUCACUGGUGUCCACAAAAUCUCCUGGGGGGUUUCUGGGUCUGUUUUAAACUCAUCCUCAAAUGGGUGUAUGAGGGGGUCUGUCCUAACUUUUUCAUUCCAGAUAACAACAUGUUUCUGAGUAAAAUUCAUGGUGAAGCACAACAUCAAUUAUUUGUUAGAUUGUAUGGGUUGUAUGAGAAGGGUUUAGCAUUCCUGCUACACAGUUCCUCCAUUAGGUCUUAUAUCAUAAAUGUCCUUUAUAAUCCCAGACUCUCCAUCUGUACAGACGAACAUACUCUGAUUUCUGAGACCAAGUUUGAUGCAAACCUAUUUGAAGAAAUGUGGAGGGAAAAUGCACUUUCCACCCUAGAUCUAUUAAGCUGUAUGAGCUAUCUACAUAUCAUAGAUCAGAUGAUAUGUUCACCCCUUUUGACACAGUAUCAAAUCCUAAUGCUACAGAAACUUACAGCUAAUGUCCUUCAUGCAACUGCUUUUAUAAUAAACAUGGAAAUGUACACACACAAAAACAAACUGAUUUAUAGAGUUGACAAAAUCUCCUGUUACAUGCUGAAAUUAGCAGCCAAGUUUGGUUAUAUUACUGACAUGCUGUACAUAGCCAUGUAUUAUUACAAGACACUUAGAUACAUGGAAGCUUUAUCUAUUAUAGAGGUGAUCAAGGUCAAGUUAGCACAACCAUAUGUGAUGUAUAGGUAUAAUGUAAAUACAGAGAUGUAUACUGAUGCUGUAGGGGGACAGUUCUGGUCAACAAAGAUGAGACAGGCUGUAUCAGGGGAUAUCAUACUUUACACUAGAAUCCAUUACAUCAGUGAAUUGAUACCAGAACAACAGUCUGCUCUACAGAAUGGCUGGCCUGGAUUACAUGUCCCACCUUUUACACUGUUAUAUAUGCUAGAGAUCUUGUGCUACAGACAUGUAGACACAAUGGGAGCACAAACAGCUCCAGAUGAUCUACAGACAUUACUUCACAUUGAUCAGGGACAACUUAUACCUUUACCAUACAGAGACAUAUCAUGGCAGAUUCUGGGGAUCUGUCAACAGGUGACAGGGAACCUACAGGAUGCUCUAUACUCAUACCAACAAUCUCUCAAACAAGACCGAUUCAACAAAAUAUACACAGCUACAGAAAUGAGAAUACAUGAAAUUUGUUAA